GUCGGAGUGGAAAAAACCCAAGCUGGAAUACAAAGCAGCUCAGCAGGGGAGCAAAUAAGGCUCAGUAACUAAUAAGCCUUCCUUGCCUUUUGCAAAAGUAUUGCACAAAGGAGCAGGCACUAAGCCUCACAUUCCUGCAAGACACGCCUGCGUACUGUGUGCCUGUCGUCUUUGCUCCCAAGCCAUCCCAGCAUUAGCAGCAAAACUCUCCUCCGGCGAAGUAGUGGCUUAGCAGGCACAAGCCACUUCCUUUAUUUAUUUUUUAAUUACUAAAAUAUGAAGCUUCCUAGCCUACAUGAUGUGAGUAGGUGAGAAUGUCUGCUGACAAGUCCAAAUGAUAUUUUCAGGCGUUCUACUGAUUUUGGCACUGACAGAAGAACUCGUGUUUGCAGUUCAGGCACCGUUUCCCAGCUUGGCAUCAUCUUGGGGCCUCCUGACAGACAAUAGCAAUAUCUCAGCUAUGGGGAUGACUCCUGGACACAAAGGCCGUCACACCACCAAACUCUUGCCCACAGCAUCCCUUGCAAACUUUCAUCCCGCUAGCUCAGUGGAGACUUACACUCCUUCUGUUGGCCAGAAGGAAUCAACCAGCAGCCAUCCCAUUGGCAACAAAGAACCAUAUCACUUGAACAACCAGAGUGCUUUGUUUUCCGGAAAGACUCUCCCCCAAGUGAAUGUCUCUCAGGUUGUCAAUGGCAAUUCCACAGAAUUUACAGAGCCUUAUCGAAAGACGGGACAGCACUCUCCCCCGACUGUGAGGAACUGGUCUCCAGAUCACCCCUUUCAGUCUCAGUCCACAGCCCACAGUCGUAGUAAUGGCACCAUGCUGGUAACCACAACAGACUCACUUGCAUCUUUCCACAGUGAUACCUUGGGAGGCCUUAACACGACAGGGAAGGGGAGCUCAUCCGAACUGGUUACGCAGGAAACAGGUCUCACCACCCCAGCAAAUGCCCCAUCAGCUGCUCCUGAGAUGGUGACAGUGCCUUUUAAACCCCAGCGGUAUGGCAUAUGGGAUAUUCUGGGCAAAAAUGACUCUUGGGUACCCUCGAGCCAAACUACAAACCAGGGACCUUUUUUUGCCAGCCCUGGGACUGCAACAGCAGCAGCAUUUGGUCACUCUGGUCAAACAGGCAUUGAUGAUGUUUCUUCCUCACAUACAACAAGGAACCCAAAUGAAACAUCUACUGCACUGAAUCCCUCUGGGCGUGCCAACUUGCCAAGCGCAGAGCCCUCCACGUGGAUGCCGAGUUCCACUUCAACAGCAACAGGAAACUUCCUAAACAGAUUGGUACCCGCUGGGACCUGGAAGCCUGGUAUGCCAGGGAACAUUUCUCACGCCUCAGAGGGAAACACGCCCCAGCACAGGGCAACCAUUUGUCUCAGCAAAGUGGAUAUAGCAUGGAUCAUUUUGGCCAUCAGUGUGCCCAUAUCCUCAUGCUCUGUCCUGCUCACCAUCUGCUGCAUGCGGAGAAAGAAGAAGACAUCAAACCCAGAAACCAACCUGAGCUAUUGGAACAAUGCUAUCACUAUGGACUACUUCAACAGGCAUGCUGUAGAAUUACCCAGAGAGAUACAGUCCCUUGAAAUCUCAGAGGACCACCUGUCUGAGCCGCGCUCCCCAGCUAAUGGUGAUUACAGGGACACCGGCAUGGUCCUUGUUAACCCUUUCUGUCAAGAAACGCUAUUUGCAGGACAUGAGCAAGUGUCCGAAAUAUGACUUGUACUUGCAGUCCAAUCUCCAUUGUCUCCAAAAUCUAUAUAUAAAUCUAUAUAUAUAUAUAUAAAUAUAUAUAUUAUAAAUAUAACCUUUGUGUAACCUUGAAUUAUGAGCAACCUUUUGAGCUUCCCCCCACCCCACAAGAAUUAUCGACCUCUUUUUUAUAAGUGUGAUUAAAAACUUUACAGACCAAACUCCAGCUUUAUAAAAUAAAAGUGAUUUCUAAGCA